GGCAGAAUGAGUUUGCUUCCGCAAAGCUGCCUAACGGCACGCUGUUCCGUGCCAAAGGAGGAGUUCUACUCGGAUCAUCGUGGUUCGAGGCAGAUGUCAACCGCAUCGGCAAAGCGGUCCCGCAAGCCGGAAUGUUGCCAUGGUGGAACCAUGAGAGGAACAGAAGACAUAUAAGAGAGCAUAGUUGCAUCCCUUUGCCGUACCAUCUGCUCAUACACAGGCGCAGACACACAGCCAAUUUGUUUGUUGGCAUCUUCAUGGCAUUGCAGCCCUCCUUUGGCAAAAUGAAACUUCUCUCAGCUCUUGCUGCAGUUACACUCCUGCCAGUGGUCCAUGCCCAAGUUGCUGCAUGGGGCCAGUGCGGUGGUACCGGUUACAGCGGCUCAGCAACAUGCGCUUCAUCCUAUACCUGCGUCAAGGUCAAUGAAUACUACAGUCAGUGCCAACCUGGUAGCGCAACUGGUCCUGCUUCGACUUCCGCCGGUGGGAACACGAGCGUCCCUUCUACUACAUCUCCCCCAAGCGGCACCACUUCAGCACCCGCUGCUGCCUCGGGAAAUCCAAUUUCCGGAUACAGCUUUUACGCCAAUCCCUAUUAUGCGUCUGAGAUUCUCAGCUCUGCUGUGCCAUCACUGAGUGCCAAGGGCAGUGCCAGUUUGGCCGCAAAAGCGACUGAAGUUGCUAAAGUUGGAACUUUCUACUGGCUUGACACCAGAGGCAAGAUUCCUACAAUUGCCACCUAUGCCGAGGAUGUACAGAAACAGAAUGCUGCGGGAGCCAAGCUGGUUCUCCCGCUGGUUGUCUAUGACCUUCCAGAUCGUGACUGCUCCGCCCUGGCAUCUAACGGCGAACUAUCCAUUGCGGAUGACGGUAUCAAUAUCUACAAAACGGAGUAUAUUGAUGCCAUUGUGGAGCAAAUCAAGGCAUACCCAGAUGUGAAAUUCGUACUUGUCAUUGAACCAGACAGUCUAGGCAAUUUGGUGACAAACCUCAAUGUCGAAAAGUGCUCCAAUGCACAGGACGCCUACAAGGAAUGUGUCGCCUAUGCAAUUAAAGCCCUCAACCUCGACAAUGUAUCAAUGUACAUUGACGCUGGCCAUGCUGGAUGGCUAGGGUGGGAUGCGAACAUCACGCCGUCGGCCCAGCUCUUCGGUUCAGUCUAUAGCACUGCGGGCAAGCCUGCUGCUGUUCGAGGCCUUGUUACCAAUGUGUCCAACUACAACGCCUGGAAUAGCACUACCUGUGCUUCUUAUACCUCUGGAAACAACAAUUGUGACGAGCAGAAGUACAUCAACGCCAUUGCACCGCUUCUAACCUCUAAUGGCUUCCCGGCGCACUUCCUCGUUGAUACUUCACGCAACGGCGUCCAGCCGACGAAGCAACAAGCAUGGGGUGAUUGGUGCAACGUUAUUGGUACUGGUUUUGGCAUCCGCCCAACGACUGCCACCGAUGAUCCACUCCUGGAUGCCUUUGUCUGGGUCAAGCCUGGCGGAGAGGCAGAUGGAACCUCUGACAGCAGUGCCGCUCGUUACGAUGCUCACUGUGGCUACUCUGAUGCACUCCAACCGGCGCCUGAGGCCGGUACCUGGUUUGAGGCUUACUUUGAGCAACUGCUUGUCAAUGCUAACCCGUCCUUCUAAGUUUCUAAGUGAGGGAUCUACUAAGGCUUUCCUAGCAUUCAGACAGCAACAACCGCCGAGUUUUGAGGGCACUAUUUUUCGUUAGUAGUAGUAGCAGUGGUGUUUCUGUCUUUUCGAAAUGUAGUUAAAGAUCGUUUAGCUCAUAUUUACUAUAUACACUCACUUCGAAUAUGGACGGAUUUGUUCUAGAAUGCUAGUAUAGAUUCUCAGG